AUGCCUAUUCAUCAUCUCUCAAAACUUGCUUCUCUCUGUCAAUGUACAGGUAAAACGCUUAUUGCUGUCAAAUGUAAAGGUCUUGUAGGCACAUUUACCAUUCAAGCUCCUGAGCACACAGUGAUUGAGACACAUCCUGAAAAUGCCAUUGAUCUUCGAUUAUCUUGUCCUUUUCAACAAUUGAUGGAUUAUGUAGACACAUUUGAUUUAGACAAACUCGACCAAACAGAUCACAGUCAUGUUCCUUUUGUUGUCAUCUUGUUGAACUAUGUUAAGGCUUAUAAAGAAACGCAUGAAGGUCAAGUGCCUCAAUCAUAUCAACAACGACAAGAGUUGAUAAAGAUGUUACGUGCUGAUAUGAGAACACCCGAUCAAGAAAACUUUGAAGAAGCCAUUGCCAAUGUAUGGCGACUGGCUUCAUCUUCUACUGCAAUGCGUCGUAUUUUUGAAGACCCUUCUUGUCAACAUGCCAAUGGCCAAUCACCUUAUUUUUGGAUCUUGGCUCGAGCAGUACGUGAUUUUGUUGAUCAUGAAGGUGCUGGUCAUCUUCCAUUAUCUGGAAAACUACCCGACAUGAAAUCAGACACGUUAAAUUAUAUUCGGUUACAGAAUGUAUAUCGAGAAAAGGCUUUAUCUGAUCUCAAUGCUAUUAAGCAGCGUGUCUAUGGCUUAAUAGAAGGUACUGAUGUCAGUAUUCCAGAAGAAACGAUUGAGACCUUCUGUAAGAAUGCUGCCAGUAUCCGUGUGAUUUCAUACAAGGUCUUAUCUGAAAACCAUCUCCAAGGAACUAAAUUAGCUCAAUUGUUAAAAAAUGAUGAAAACUUCAACUAUCAUUUUGUAUUUGAAGCUAGUGACUAUUUUGAACUAGACUAUGGUCGUUUGCUAACUUCUGAAGAUGAUAUUGAACCCUUGAAGGCCAAAGUCCAAUGGUUGAUGGAAGAAAGGAAUGUAGCUACUGAAGACACUGAAGAGAUUCUAGCAAGUGAUAGUAUGGACAAAGCCAUCAUCAACUAG